AUGAGGAGGAAUAAAGCGGACGUGGAGAGAUAUAUUUCUGCAUUUCAAAGCUCCUCUCCCUCUCAGAAAGAGAAUUCAGUGAAAGGGUUUCUGUUUGCCAAACUUUACUUUGAGGCUAAAGAAUAUGAGCUUGCUAAAAGGCAUGUUUCGGAGUAUUUGACUGUUCAGCCGAAGGAUCCUAAAGCGCACCGGUUCCUCGGGCAGCUGUUCGAGCGGGACGGGGAAACGGACAAAGCUGUGGGAUAUUAUAAGCGUUCAGUGGAUCUGAAUCCGGCUCAGUCAGACCUGGUUCUGAAGCUGGCGGAGCUGCUGUGCGGGAAACCGGAGCCUGACAACCGGGCCGAGUUCUGGGUGGAGAAAGCUGCCAAGCUGCUGCCAGGACAUCCCAACGUCUUCAACCUGAGGGAGAAGCUUCUGAGCACACGAGGACAGAACGGCUCCAUCCAGCUGUACGAGCUGUUUCAGUCUGAGUGCAAGCUGCGGCCCGACGACUCCGACAUCAAUGGCCGGCUGGUGCGUCUGUACAGCGCAGACGGCCGGCACGACGAGGCGGUGAAGCACUGUCUGGAGGUGGAGAAGACAGGCCUUCUGAAGGACCGUCUGGAGUGGUACGAGCUUCUGGUCAGCACCCUUCAGGAGUAUCUCUGCCAGCCGAGCGUGGCGUCGAACGAGCAGGCGUCGCGCAAGUUUCACAAGGAGCUGCUGCUGGCGCUCUGCAGCCGCGUCCGACUGACGCUGAAGGAGAAGAGCUGCGAGGAGAGUGCUGAUGCUCUCUGGAGCUUGGACCGUGCGAUGCAGUCUCUGAAGAACACGGCCAUGAAUACUCUGGACGAGCUGUCGGAGGUGUUCACGGAGACGAGGGCUCAGCUGUACCUGUACGCCGGGACGCUGCUGCUGAAGACGGCGCAGGACGGGGCGCAGCAGUGGAGGGUCGUGCGGGAUUUAGCGGCUGUCUGUUACCUCGUGGCCUAUCAGGCUCCGAGACCCAAAGUCAAGAGUUUGAAAGGUGAGCAGGCGUCCCAUGAGCCUUUGGAGCUGCUGGCCUCGGACCGCCAGAGUCAGGCGGGUCACAUGCUGUUGAAUCUGAGCCGGGACGUGGAGCAGCUGCUGAAGGAGGUGGUGGAGGCGUUCAGGAACCCGAACGGGCCGAGACUUCUGUUCGACAUGCUUUUCGGCUCACAGGAGCACGACCAGCUCUCCUUCAUCUGCAACGACGAGAUGCACAUGGUCAGCACACACGCGCCCAGCACCGACGAUCUGGCCAAGUGGGACAGCGGUGCGGUGCUGCUGCACGCGGGCGAUCUUCAGCACCUGGCGUGGCUCGGCCUGCAGUGGGCGCUGAUGGAGCAGAGUGUCAGCCUGCAGCGCUGGCUCAAGCAGCUCUUCCCUCGCCUCACGCUCGAGACCUCCAAACUAGACACCAACUCACCCGAGUCCAUCUGCCUGCUCGACCUGGAGGUGUUCUUGUGUGGCGUUGUGUUCAGCAGUCAGACGCAGCUGCAGGAGACGGCACGGAUGGCCUCGUGCUCCUCACCGCAUCAGCCCCGGUGUUUGCCUCUGCACAUCAUCAGGCUCCUGUCCUCCGCCAAGCAGCGCGAGUGGUGGGACGCCGUCUACCGCCUGAUCCACAAGAGAGCGCUGCCUGGGACGCUGGCUAAACUGCGGAUGCUGGUUCAGCACGGUCUCGGCACGCUGCGCGCCGGAGAGAAACACGGCCUUCAGCCGGCGCUGCUCAUCCACUGGGCUCAGCAUCUCACUGAUGUGGCGGAACGGGUGAAGGACUAUGCAGGCCGCGGUGUGCACUACUGGAAAGUUGUGCUUCCCUUGCUUGAGAAAAUCCGAAACAAACGCAUUAUUCCUGAACCUCUGGAGCCGAUGUUCAUGCACUUUCACAGUAAAGACAUACAGCCUUCUCAAGUGCGAGUAUAUGAGGAAGAGGCCGCCAUAAGCUCUGCCACACUGCUUGACAUCGAGGGCAACACCGACGAGGCCAUCGCAAAGCUGGAGAAGCUCAACAGCACCUCGUCUAACUGGCAUCUUGCUAAGAUCUAUCAGAGGCUGUCGGAGGAGGCGGGAAACGGGAUGGAGGAGACGCAGGGCAGGUGCACCAACUUCCUCCUGCAGUUCAGGAAAUACCUGACAAAGAUUUAUCAGGCCAGUCCAGAAGACAUGGACAAGUUGCCUGUGUCUAUGGAGAAUGUGAUGGAUAUGCUGAACAAGGUCAACCAGCAGCUUGCAGAAGAUGACGAGCGGGAUGAAGAUCAUGUGGACUAUCCGCUGACGUCCAGCCCCGGUCAGCCCACUGAGCCACAUGUGAAGUUCUCCACUCCGUCUCCAUCCAAAAGUGCCACGUCUUCAUCUAAAAGAUCCAUGUUCUCGCCCAAAACGACUCCUCUCUGGGCAGAGGACCAAAAGUCCCUCCUGCAGAUGCUGUGCCAGCAGGUCGAGUCCUUGAAGAAUGAGGUUCAUGACCUGCGCCUUAAUUUCCCUGAAGCGACAGCAUCCUCAUAUAGGAUGCCCAGAGAUAAUUAUCCUGCAGAAGGACGUCAGGAAGGAUUUCCUGGAGCGCAGGCGUUCUAUGGUGCUCCUCCUACUGUUGCCACUACAGGUCCCUCUGCGUACUACAACCAGUCUCCAGCAUAUAAUUCACAGUAUCUUCUACGCACUGCUGCAAAUGUUACACCAACAAAGGGCCCAGUUUACGGGAUGAAUCGUCUUCCUCCACAGCAGCAUAUGUAUGCCUACCAACAAUCAACACACACACCACCUCUUCAGUCAACUCCUGCAUGCAUAUAUCCUCAAGAGCAGGUCUUUGGUGCUCCCAUCCGGUUUGAGUCACCAGCUACAUCCUUACUCUCCCCAUACAGUGAAGAGUAUUAUGGUCACAAUUUUCCUCAACCUACAGUCAAUCCAACAUUACCAGAGCCUGGAUAUUUCACUAAGCCAUGUGUCGAUACAUCCACGCAGCCAUCCAAGAGCAGUGAAAACAAGGCUGUUGACCCCAAGAUGAGUCUUGGGUCGCAGUUCACAGGUGAACCUCCUAAGGUUCCAAACUUUGGGGGGGUUGCCGGUGCCCCAUCAACAUCGGCAACAACUGCAUUCAAGUUCAACUCCAAUUUCAAGUCCAAUUAUGGUGAUUUUACCUUUUCCUUAGCUCAGAUGAAAAAUAGUGAAAGCCUCUUGGGACUUCUGACGUCAGAUAUUCCUCCCAAAGCGGAAGGACCAUCAGAACCGAAACAUCAGACCCAAGAGCAUCCGCCUAGCCAAAGUGGAGUCUUUACUUUUGGAAGUAAAAGUGCCACAGGGUUUUCAUUCACCGAUGCUGCUCAGAGCAAAAUUAAUAUUUUUGGCAACACUGACCAAAGAUUUAGCUUUGCAAGUGGAACCAAACCUGUAUUAGGAAAUCCAGAGGCUCGGGAAGAGAAAAGCGGGGAAAGUGAUAAUGAUAGCACCCAUGUGGAAGAGGAAGAGGAUGGACCUCAUUUUGAGCCCAUUGUGCCUCUUCCUGAUAAGGUUGAUGUGAAAACGGGUGAGGAGGAGGAAGAUGAGAUGUUCUGCAAGAGGGCAAAACUCUUCCGGUUCGACCCUGAGACUAAAGAAUGGAAAGAGAGGGGCAUUGGAAGUUUCAAAAUUCUAAAACACAGAACAUCCGGGAAAGUUCGUCUGUUGAUGAGGAGGGAACAGGUUCUCAAAAUCUGUGCUAAUCACUAUAUCACUGCAGAUAUGGUCCUCAAACCAAAUGCUGGAUCUGACAAGUCCUGGGUGUGGUAUGCUAUGGACUAUGCAGAUGAAAUGCCCAAGACUGAGCAGUUGGCCAUUCGUUUUAAAACGGCGGAUGAGGCCACACUGUUUAAAUUCAAAUUUGAGGAGGCUCAAAAAUUAAUUCUAGAGUCCCCACAAGGCCAACAAAUGGAAAAUAAAUAUGAAACUCCGAAGCCUCAGGUUUCAUCCAAAGAAAUGGAUCUUAAAACACUGUUUUCCAAGAAGACGGGUGAAUGUGACUGCGAUGUGUGCUGUGUAAGAAAUGCUCCCACAUCUGCAGUGUGUGUUGCCUGCAACAGUGCAGCUCCUUCUACAGCGAAGAACAAACCUGUAGUGUCCCCACAUGGUCAACAGUUGAAAAAGAAAUGUGAAACUCCAAAGCCUCAGGUUUCAUCCAAAGAAAUGGAUCUUAAAACACUGUUUUCGAAGAAGCAGGGUGAAUGGGACUGUGAUGUGUGCUGUGUAAGAAACGCUCCCACAUCUGCAGUGUGUGUUGCCUGCAACAGUGCAGCUCCUUCUACAGCAAAGAACAAACCUGUAGAGGAACUUAAAGGCUCUGCGCCUGUGGCUCCUCCUGCGCAAUUGUUUUCUUUUGGACUUACUGGAGACACUGAUGUCAGCUCAAAGGGUUUAGCAUUUGGAUCUCAAAUACCAGUUUCUUUUCAAUUUGGAUCAAAUGAUUCUGCAGUAACCUCUGUUGACCUUGCAGCUCAGGCUGAUGAGAAAACUAUUCGGGCUGAUGCACCACAACAUGCAAAAGUGUCAGCAACUCCAGUUUUCCCUGGUUUUGGCUCUCAAUUUGUUAAGAAAGAAGGUCAAUGGGACUGUGACUCCUGCUUAGUGAGGAAUGAUGCUUCAGCAACUGAUUGCGUUUCUUGCAAAGCCCCCUGCAAAAAAAAUGGACAUUGGGAUUGUGAGACUUGCCUGGUAAGAAAUGAAGGUACAGCUAGGCAGUGUGUUUCAUGUCAGGCAGCAAACCCAUAUAUGAAAGGCAAGACCUCUACUUCACCAUCAAGUUCCUCUUCUUCAUUCAGUUUUGGUAGUUCUAGCAAGCAACCUGCUGCAACAGGAUUUACUGCCACUUUAAAUCCAGGUCCUGCUUUUCAGUUUGGUACAAGUAAGGAAAAAGCAUCCUCAGAAGGUUUUAAGUUUGUAGAGUCCUCUACAUCUCAGGCUGAUAAGUCAAGCAGUUCAAAUUUUUCGUUUUCCAUGCCAGUGCCCGCUGGUGGUUUCAAGUUUGGGAUUGCAGAAUCUGAGGCAAACGCAUCAGACGGACAGUCACAAAAUGGAUCUGCAUCUGACCUCCUAAAAAAUAUUGCUGAACUUCACAGAGAGAAGGAAAAAGAAGCAAUCCCAAGUUCCUCAAAUGAGCUCGUAGACACUGGUAGCCACGAUAAUAAUCCCCUCCUUACCGGUAAGCCUAAUUCCUUUGGUUUCGAAGAAUUGGCAAAUUCUUCACAGGGUAGUUUUCAGUUCGGCCAGAAGGAUAUUGCUGAACUUCACAGAGAGAAGGAAAAAGAGGCAAUCCCAAGUUCCUCAGAUGAGCCCUCAGAUACUGGUAGUCACGAUAAUAAUCCCCUCCUUACCGGUAAGCCUAAUUCCUUUGGUUUCGCAGAAUUGGCAAAUUCUUCACAGGGUAGUUUUCAGUUCGGCCAGAAGGAUAUUGCUGAACUUCACAGAGAGAAGGAAAUAGAAGCAAUCCCAAGUUCCUCAGAUGAGCUCGUAGACACUGGUAGCCACGAUAAUAAUCCCCUCCUUACCGGUAAGCCUAAUUCCUUUGGUUUCGCAGAAUUGGCAAAUUCUUCACAGGGUAGUUUUCAGUUCGGCCAGAAGGAUAUUGCUGAACUUCACAGAGAGAAGGAAAAAGAGGCAAUCCCAAGUUCCUCAGAUGAGCCCUCAGAUACUGGUAGUCACGAUAAUAAUCCCCUCCUUACCGGUAAGCCUAAUUCCUUUGGUUUCGCAGAAUUGGCUAAUUCUUCACAGGGUAGUUUUCAGUUCGGCCAGAAGGAUAUUGCUGAACUUCACAGAGAGAAGGAAAAAGAGGCAAUCCCAAGUUCCUCAGAUGAGCCCUCAGAUACUGGUAGUCACGAUAAUAAUCCCCUCCUUACCGGUAAGCCUAAUUCCUUUGGUUUCGCAGAAUUGGCAAAUUCUUCACAGGGUAGUUUUCAGUUCGGCCAGAAGGAUAUUGCUGAACUUCACAGAGAGAAGGAAAAAGAGGCAAUCCCAAGUUCCUCAGAUGAGCCCUCAGAUACUGGUAGCCACGAUAAUAAUCCCCUCCUUACCGGUAAACCUAAUUCCUUUGGUUUCGCAGAAUUGGCAAAUUCUUCACAGGGUAGUUUUCAGUUUGGCCAGGAGGAUCCCACUUUCAAAGGCUUUGCAGGGGCUGGCCAGCAGCUGUUUACAGCCAUUAAUUCCACCUCCAAGACAGACACCUCUGCUGAUCAAGAAGAUGAAAUGUGCAAAACAAAGGAUAAUGACGAUAUUCAGUUUGAGCCAGUUGUUCAGAUGCCUGAAAAGGUUGACCUUGUGACAGGGGAAGAAGAUGAGAAAAACUUCUAUUCACAGAAUACAAGAGCACAAGAGCUUGCAGAAGAGUCCAAGCAAACAUUUGAGGAGAGUCACCGGCUGCUAUUGGAUAUUCCUUUACAGACCCCUCACAAGCUUGUGAAUACUGGCAGGACGGCCCAACUUAUACAGAAAGACUCUGAGGUCACACUAGUGUGGGAGAAGCAGCCGACUGCAGACGAGGAGCAGAGAGCCAGACGCCUGAAGCUGCCGCCCACCUUCCUCUGCGGUGUCAGCAGCGACUCCGACUCCGAGCGACCCGGCGACUUCAGCGCAGAGCUACACACACUGCAGCACGCUCAGGUCAGAGGACUUUCUCCACACUGA